AUUGCCCACCAGCUUCACCGUCCUCUCCCCCCAAACCACCAUCCAACACCGUUAAAAUGGCCGGCGGAAUCACCGUUCGCGAUGUCGAUGCGCAAAAGUUCAUCGUCGCCUAUGCUGCGUUCUUGAAGCGUCAGGGCAAGCUGCCCAUCCCCGGAUGGGUCGACACCGUCAAGACCGGUGCCGCCAAGGAGCUCCCUCCCCAGGACAUUGACUGGUUCUACGUCCGCGCCGCCUCCGUCGCCCGCCACGUCUACCUCCGCAAGACCGUCGGUGUUGGCCGCCUCCGCAAGGUCCACGGUACUGCCAAGAACCGCGGCAACGCCCCCUCCCACCACGUUGAUGCCUCCGGCUCCGUCGACCGCAAGGUCCUCCAGUCCCUCGAGAAGAUUGGCGUCGUUGAGCAGGACGAGGACAAGGGUGGCCGCCGCAUCACCCAGUCCGGCCAGCGUGAUUUGGACCGUAUUGCCCAGACCACCGCUGAGGCCGAGGAGGAGGAGGAUGAGGAGUAAAUUUUACCAAUAAAAAAAAGUUGAAAUUUUUCUAAUUCCUUUUUUUUUCUUCAAUUGUCAUGGAUGGGCGGCAUUUAAAAUGGGCGUACGGACUUAUAGUUUGAGGUGUAUGAACAAGAUUCCCUCUGGUUUUUGGGCUUUCGGUUAUCAAACUGGACGUGUCGCAGCCGUCUCUUCAUGAUC